GAAUUGAACUUUCUCCUUUAAAAAUUAUUAAAUAAACACUUACAUUCACCAACAAUCAUAAAUUGUUCAUUUCCGUAGAGAAAUUAGGAUUUUGUGCGUAUGAAUUUUAUUCAAAUCAUUUUGUUGAUUUUUAUGGAAAAGAUGGGACUGUUCAGAAUAACUGGUAUCGUCGCAGCUGUUAUAAUUGGACUUACGGAUGGAAGUCCAGCUGGUAUGGACACUUGUUCUCAGUGCGAAAACAUGAUUGUUUCUGUAAACUCGAUGGUUGAUGAGCAGACGAGAAACCAAAUCUUGGACACGAUAUGUGAGGCUUACUCUGUCGAAAGCCGGGAUAAAUGUACAGAAUUGAGUAGACUCUCUCCUUCCAAACUAUGCCAGCAGUUUGGUCAGUGCAAAUCAACCAGUCUGAAGUUCGAUCCUCGCUCAGAUUUUGUCCUUGAACCACACACCACAGAUGUUUCCAGUCUGCCGUGCAUUAUUUGUGAAAACGCAAUGAAGAUAGCCGAAGACUUCCUAAAGUCGAAGGAGCAUCAGAAAUUUCUCUUGAAUGCCUUGAAAUCAGUAUGUCACAUGAUACCGUUCUUCAAGCAACAAUGUUUGUUCUUGGUUGACUCUUACGGUCCUCUGUUAGUGCAAUUAGCCGUUCAUUUCCUUACACCAGAAUCCUGCAAGAUGUUCCAUAUCUGUCCUGGAGUUCAAGUUGAAGCAAUUCAGGAUGAGUGCACACUAUGCCGAUAUGGUGUCGGUAUAAUCUAUGAUACGGUUCAAGAUCCGGCUCUAGAAACAAGAAUCCAGGAUCUCGCCGAAGACAUUUGCGAAAACUAUGUCGACGAUAUCAGCGAGUGUGUAACAUCUGCUCACGACCUGACACAGCGUCUUCUGCCGAUUGUCACAGAACUUCGCCAUUCGGAUUCUUUCAAGCAUAUUUGUGAGAGAACAGACAUAUGUUCUGCGGAAGAAAACGUUGAUGUCAUGAUUGACUAACAGUGACAUAGGGAAAGACUAUGGUGACUUCCAUGGUUCUACAAAAGGCAUAUCUUGUUAUAACUAUUAUGUAUGGACAUUUGCAGAUUCUGUAAUAAAGUUCUUUAUCUAUA